GCAUCCGAAAAGCCUCUUUGUCUUUCUCUCUCUCUCUACAACCCUCCUUCUCUCUCUAGAACGCGUCAGUAAUGUUUUUAUUGACGCCAUUGAAAUUGAGUUAAAUCGGGUUGAAUCGGAUUGAACCAAAACAGAUAACUUUUCAAUCUUUCGGAAAAGGGUCAGGUUUUAUAAAGUCAUGGCCUUUAUUCAAAUCGUGUCUAUCCUCAGAUCUUAGUGUUGUUCUUAAACGAGAUUCAGCAUCAGGAUUUUUUUUUGCAAAUCUGACUGAAAAAAAUAGUUUCUUUUAUUGCAGAGCAAAAUGCAAUCAGACAGUGGGAAGCUUUUCAUCGGCGGGAUAUCUUGGGACACCAAUGAGGAGCGUCUCAAGGAGUAUUUCAGCAGCUUUGGUGAAGUGAUCGAAGCUGUGAUCUUGAAAGAUCGUACCACUGGUCGUGCACGUGGCUUCGGCUUUGUUGUCUUUGCUGAUCCUGCUGUUGCCGAGACUGUUAUAAUGGAAAAACAUAGUAUUGAUGGCAGAUUGGUUGAGGCCAAGAAGGCUGUUCCUAGAGACGACCAGAACACAGUAACGAGAAGCAACAGCGGUAGCCUCCAAGGAUCACCAGGUGGUCCAGGAGGUCGCACAAGGAAGAUAUUCGUUGGAGGGUUACCUUCUUCUAUUACAGAGAGCGACUUCAAGACGUAUUUUGAGCAGUUUGGGACGACUACGGAUGUGGUUGUUAUGUAUGACCACAACACACAAAGGCCUAGAGGUUUCGGAUUCAUAACUUAUGAUUCCGAGGAAGCCGUUGAGAAAGUACUUCUCAAGACGUUCCAUGAACUUAAUGGUAAAAUGGUUGAGGUUAAGCGAGCUGUUCCGAAGGAGUUGUCUCCAAGUCCAGCUCGUAGCCCGCUUGGUGCUGGCUACAGCUAUGGAGUUAACAGAGUCAGUAACCUUCUUAAUGGAUAUGCUCAAGGGUUUAGCCCCGGUGUAGUUGGAGGGUAUGGACUUAGGAUGGAUGGUAGGUUUAGUCCUGUUGGUGCGGGGAGAAGCGGGUUUGUCGGAUCUGGAUAUGGGAUGAAUGUGAACUUUGAGCAGGGGUUGUUCACUGGAGGUUCAAGUUUCAAUGGGAACAUAGACUAUGGGAGAGGGAUGAGUCCUUACUAUAUUGGUAACACGAACCGGUUUGGUCCUGCCGUUGGUUAUGAAGGAGGCAAUGGAGGAGGAGGAGGAGGAGGAGGAAACUCAUCUUUCUUCAGUUCAAACCUUUGGGGAAACAAUGGAGGUCGUAACUAUAAUAACAACGCUACAAACUCAAACAUGGGAGGAUCAACAAGUGGGAACAACACGCUUAACGGUCCAUUUGGGAGUUCAGGGGUUAAUUGGGGUGCUCCUGGAGGAGGAAACAGUGCUGUUAGUAACGAGAAUGUGAAGUUUGGUUACGGAGGAAACGGUGAAUCUGGUUUUGGGUUGGGAACAAGACACAUAGGGCCUACCAAGGCAGCACCAUCAUCUUCAUUCUCUUCUGCCUCGGCGGGUUAUGAUGCAGGAGGACUUUCAGAGUUUUAUGGGAAUGGUGCAGUCUAUAGUGAUCCCACGUGGAGAUCACAAACUACUGAGACAGAAGGGCCUGCUUCUUUUAGCUAUGGGAUUGGAGGAGGAGGAGGUCCUUCUUCGGAUGUUUCAGCUAGAGAUUCAUCUCCAGGUUAUGUUGGGAGUUACAGUGUGAACAAGAGACAACCAAACAGAGGAAUUGCUACUUAGUACACUCGUUAUUGUUUUACCACGGUAUUUUAGGCGAGCCAUCAGGAUGAACAAUCUGUGUCUUUUGGCGAAUCUUUUAGAUUACCUUCUCCUUUCAUACAGUUAAAGCCUAUGAGGACAAAACUUGAUCACAUCAUCAGCUAGAGCUAACCAGAAAAAAAACUCUCAUGGUUUGGUUUUCUAAAUUCAAUUGGUCCUCCUAGGCUUCUUUUCUGUUUUUGUUUUUCAUUUUCUUUCAAAGAGGGACAGAAGAAACUGUAUCAGUCUCCGGCCAGGCGGUAAUACAUAAGAAGAGUUCAAAACAAACUCCUUCCUUAGUUUCUUUGUUGUCAUGUAAUGGUUCUUCUUGGGCUAUGUCUAAGGUCUGUGUUUUGAGUACUAGAGGUUAUAAGUUUCUUUUUUUAUUUUGUUGUUUAAAGGUCUUUUUUGGUUUUGAUAGUGAGAGAUAAUGGGAAGAGGAUUUAGCCAUGUAGGGCUUUUGAGAAUAAGUCUUUUAAUCACUAUGAGAUUAUUUUGUUCUCAAGCUGUUUGUAUGUCUUAUGCGAACGCAAGCAAACUCGUUUCUGUUUAUGUACUUCUAUUUUAUAGAAAACUAUUUUUAUGUUUUACUGAUCAUUAUGCAAGUAA